AUGGAUGUAGCUUUAAAAAGCCCCGAAAAAUGCCAUUUUUUUGGAUCAUUCGACGAAACACGUGGUAGUGAAGAACUUCCAACAACCUUCCAUGUGAGUGUGACGUCACACCCGUUCCACGACGCCGAGGAGAGAGGUCAAUUUGACAGAAGUGAACAGAACUUAGUAACGCAGCUCUUUCCAGAAUUUUUUAUCCGACAUAGCUCAUCGGAUGUUGCCCCUGAAAGUUGGAAGAUCGUAAUGUGUGGUAACCGGAGACUGGACUACAGACGUAACGACCCACUUAUCCAGUCCUGGCUCAACAUGUACGGCUGUAACCAUUAA